CAGCUCCUCCCACACUGGAAUUCAUCCUCAGUGAAGCUCCUCCCACAGCAAUCACAUCAUCAGUGAGGCUCCUCCCACAGCAGUUCUCCAAUAAAUGCUGGGAUAUUCCCAUCAGACGAGCAUCAGAGCAUCAGGAAGAGCUGAAACCUGCAAAGACUGAGUUUAUUAAAGAGGACAGUGAGAACAUGAGUGAUCCAGAGCCCUGCAGAAUGAAACACACUGAAGAUACUGAAGAACAAAGAGACCUGAUGGAAGAGAGCGAGGAGAGUGAAGAACUGAGUGAAGUGGAGGAGAAACAUCAUGACAAACCUGGAGAAAAACCUUUGAGUCGCUCAAAGACUAAAAAGACAUUUUUAAAGAAAAGAAGAGCCAAGAAAUCAACCUGCACUCAGUGUGGAAAGAGUUUCACAUGCAAACAUAGUCUUGAUGUUCACAUGAGAGUUCAUACAGGAGAGAGACCGUUCACGUGUGAUCAAUGUGGGAAGAGUUUCACAACCAAACAAUGUCUUGAUGUUCACAUGAGAGUUCAUACUGGAGAGAAGCCAUUCACUUGUGAUCAGUGUGGAAAGAGUUUCACGAACAAACGUAAUCUUGAGCUUCACAUGAAAAUCCACACCGGAGAGAAGCCAUUCACAUGUGAUCAGUGUGGAAAGAGUUUCAUAUACAAAGAAAGUCUUAAGAUUCACAUUAGAGUUCACACCGGAGAGAGACUGUUCAUAUGUAAUGAAUGCGACAAAAGAUUUCUUCAGGCAUCAGACCUAAAAAAACACUUGACAGUUCAUAGGAAGGAGAAGCCAUAUUCAUGUUCUGUGUGUGGAAAGAGUUUUUCACGGUGGUCAUAUUUACAAGCACAUCAGAAAAUUCAUGCUAGUGUGAGAGCUUAUAUGUGCUUUGAGUGUGAGAAGACUUUUAUUAAUGUGAAACAUUUAAAACAGCACCAGAGAAUUCACACUGGAGAAAAACCUUACAAGUGUUCACACUGUGACAAGAGAUUCAGUCAAACAACAAAUCUAAAAGCACAUGAGAGGAUUCACACUGGAGAGAAGCCGCACACGUGUAAUCAGUGCGGGAAGAGUUUCACUGUUAAAAGUCACCUGAAGCGACACUUGAGGAUCCACAAUGGAGAAAAACCUUACAAGUGUUCAUACUGUGACAAGAGAUUCAGUCAGUCAGGAAUACUGAAAACACAUGAGGGGAUCCACAGUGGAGAAAAACCUUACAAGUGUUCACACUGUGAUAAGAGAUUCAGUCAGUUAGCAAAUCUGAAACCACAUGAGAGGAUCCACACUGGAGAGAAGCCGCACACAUGUGAUCAGUGUGGAAAGAGUUUCACUGUUAAAAGUCACCUGAAGCGACACAUGAGGAUCCACACUGGAGAAAAACCUUACAAGUGUUCAUACUGUGACAAGAGAUUCAGUCAGUCAGAACAUCUGAAAACACAUGAGGGGAUCCACACUGAAGAAAAACCUUACUGUGACAAGAGAUUCAGUCGGUCAGCAACUCUGAAAACACAUGAGAGGAUCCACAGUAAAGAGAAGCCGCACACGUGUGAUCAGUGUGAGAAGAGUUUCUCUUGUAAAAGUCACCUGAAGCGACACAUGAAGAUCCAUGAAGUGGAGAAACCACGUCAAUACAGUCUGAGAUCACGCAUCAGCCUGAUCUGAUCUUUCCUCUCAGGAACCUGAUGAAUUUGGAUCUUCAGCUGGAGACUCUCCUGAAACUACAACAGAACAAUCAAAUCACUGUUAAAACACACUGUAUGGAUUCUUCCCUUAAGAUUAGUGUGACAAACUAAUGGCUUACACUUAACAAACUGCCAUAUAUUUCUAUUGUUAAUGUAAUUUACAACAUAAACAACAAUAA